UAUUUCAACAACACGUCACCUUUUGUCCAAAGGUUUCUUUCCGAACCUAUCAGUGACUCCGCACUCGUCUCACAUGCCUGAUUUGAAUCGUGAGGAUAGGAUUAUAUUAGUCUCCAUUGCUGACCUACACAGAAGAUUGCAGUCGUUCUGUGUGACCUAUGUUCUUGUUAUCUCGACUCGACCAUAUGCGCCCAGAUAGACCCUGGUGCACCCUUGCCAUGAUACUCACGGUGCUGGUUGACUUCCAACUACGAUGUUCAAGACUCUUUGCUUCACUUUGCUUGUGUCUCUAGGUACUCGCGCCCUUGCAGCUGGUCAGAGUCAACAAGUUUUCUCAACGUCUCGCGCGUCAAACCCUGGCGAUGCGAAGAAAUACGUGGGAGCAAGUUGGCAAGUUGGGCAAUAUGACGCUGGGCUCUUUUCACCCGUGGAGACAUUGAGCACCCUGAGCGCGUUCGAGUACACAGUUCUUUCGCAUCCUGUGUUCCCAAGACAUGCUGCUAGAAUUAAGAAGGUCGACGACUUUUGCGACCCGACUGUGCAAGCGUACUCUGGAUAUAUCGAUAUUGAGGCGAAACAUAUUUUCUUCUACUUCUUCGAGAGCCGAAACGACCCUGACACAGACGAUGUCAUUUUUUGGACCAACGGAGGCCCAGGAUGCUCGUCGUCCAUGGGACUGUUCAUGGAACUUGGACCUUGUAGGGUAGUCAAUGACACCUCCACCGAAUUCCACCCAGAGAGCUGGAAUUCAAAUGCCAAUGUAUUUUUCGUUGAUCAACCUGUUGGAGUCGGCUUCUCGUACGCGGAGUACGGUGAACAUGUCGAUACCACCGAGGAUGCGGCCAAGGAUAUUGCUGCAUUUGUGGCUAUCUUCUUCGAGAAUUUUCCUUCAUUCAAAGGGCGCGCCCUCCACAUGGCUGGUGAAUCAUACGGGGGUCGCUAUGUCCCACUUUUUGCUGCACAAGUUUACGACCAGAAUGCACAGCUGGUAGCUGCCGGUCUUACUCCCAUCAAUCUGACAUCUGCCAUCAUAGGAAAUGGUAUGACUGACCCAUUCAGAGAGGUGGCGUCUUACUACGAUAUGUCAUGCACUGCUGCCUCUGUCCCUCCUGUCUUGGACAUCGGCACUUGUCUUCGUAUGAAGAAGGCACUUCCUCGCUGCGAGAAGUGGCUCAAGGAGAGCUGUAUCGACCAAUUCGAUUCCAUGAACUGCGAGGCAGCCUCAAAUUUUUGUGACACUGAACUCUCGUCGCCAUUCGAAAGUACAGGGUUGAAUUUCUAUGACAUCAGUCGCCCGUGUGACGGACCAAUAGAAGAAACGCUUUGCUAUCCCGUCACCCUGUCAAUCGCAAAAUAUCUCGACCAGCCCGAAGUCCGCUCGUUGCUUGGCGUCGAUCCUGCAGCCGCGCAAAACUUCAGCGCGUGCUCGAACGACGUCGGCACGGCCUUCAACACUGCGCUCGACGCCUUGCACCCGUCGUACGACUACGUCGCGAGCCUGCUCGAGCGUGGCGUGCGCGUGCUGAUCUACGUUGGUGCGUACGAUUGGAUCUGCAACUGGGUCGGAAACGAGCGUUGGACGCUUGCGCUCGAUUGGAGUGGGAAGACCGAAUUUUCUUCGCGGGAGCUAAGAGAGUGGUCAAUGAAUGGUGUAGUGGCUGGCAAAACUAGGAGCGCGAAUGGCUUCACGUUCGCUACGAUAGAUGGAGCGGGACAUAUGGUGCCCUAUGAUAAGCCGCAGGAAGCUUUGGCACUCAUAAACCGUUGGUUAGCGCAGGAGGAUUUGUGA